AUGGGCGGGACACAGUCGAUGCCGGCGGUUGACUCGAUUCCGCUGGUCCCAAUGCAGCUGGGGGGGGUCCACCCCCAACACGCCUCCGCCGAGGCAGUGACCUACCGAUGCGCCAAGGACGGUCUCCUUCUCAUCACGUGCGACGACACCGCCGUGGCCAAGAUCCGCCCGCCGGCCGCCGGCGUUGACGGCAGCUACCUCGACGUCGCCCCCGGCGUUGAAGCAAGCGUCCUCCUCCUCGUGCAGUUUGCUGCCGUCGACUGCGAGAGCUCGUGCAUUGCAUCCACUGACGCCGUCGCGUCUAUUACGACAUAA